AUGCCUGUAAAUGCCUCCGACGAGGGAAGUGUGGGUCAAAGUUGCAGCAUACCUGUUAGCUGUUCAAAUUUUAAAUUGCUAAAGCAAACUAUUGAUGAAGUCGACCAGCAUUGCUCUCUUGAUAUUUUGCCUCUUCUUUUAGAGAAGGCUCCACUUCCAGCAAAGCUGAAAUGUCCCUUUCACAGCUCACAUGCCCCAGAUGUCUAUUGCAUUUCAAUGUUGCCCGAAGAAGGCAACAGUUUACGAUGUGCUUCAGUAUUGGGCUAUUUGAACUUUUUAAAAGUUUAUAAUUCAUCUAAAAGUCAGAUGUGCAUGGAUGCUCAGUCGAGUUGCCAGAACGGCAUUGAUUCACAAGCAAACAUGGCAGAUUCUCAUCCCCCAUGCAUCAUUGAAAUAGAUCUUGAGAAGGGAUGUAUUCAAGCACCAGAAUCUGAAGAGGAAGCUAUCGAAAGUUUGAAACGUGAGGGUUUACUCACUAGGGUGUUUCGCAGACAGGCAAGCCUAAAAGUAGGUGGGAAACUUAUGCAUCUUCUAUUCAACCAUGGCACUUCAAGAGAUAACCCAGUGCCUGAGAAAGUUCAUGAAACACCAAACAACCGGUGGAGAAGAUGCAAACGCACUGCCUCAUUUGAUUCCAGAAAAGUCGUUUUCCUGUUUUCAAUCUUUUUGUUGAGUGCUCAGAUUCCAUUCUAA